AUGAGGCCAAGUGCGCCCCAGUGCUCGCAGUUGGUGUUGCGCUGCCCCGAGUUCUGGACAGCGACCUGCUGCCUGCCGGCUAGCACCGCCUCGGCAUCGCAGGCGACGGAUGCCGCGCUCACGCGCCGCCAUCCGCCGCUGCGGACACGCCCGGCCGCCACGGCGGCCGAGUACGUUGGGCCGCCAGACGUUUCGCCUGCCUCGGUGGCGGCGGUCGAGAAGGCCGCCCGGGAACGAGGCGUUCCAGUGGACCGCGUCGCCGACCACCGUCAAUUCGCGCUGGUCUCCUACGCCGUACCGCCGGUGCCGACCCUGCGCCUGGCCGGCGUGAGUACGGGAGCGGCCCAAGAUCUCCGUCACCGCACCCGGUUCGUGGCCGUCGCCGGCUCCACGGCCAGGCGCGAGGACGCACCUCGCGACACAGGGGCAAAACUAGCAGCUGCCCUGCUCGACUUACUGGAUGGUGCUGCUUUGGACAUUUGCGGGAACUUGGACAAAAGAGCCAGGAGCGACUACAGGGAACUUAAGGGGGUCCUACAAGAGAAAUUUGGAUCUAGUUGCGACACGCGACGGGCUCGGGCUCAGUUGCGUCUUAUCCGUCAACUGCCUGAAGAGAAUAUAGAGUUAUUCGCGGAUCGCGUCCGAAAACUUACAAAUCUGGCACACCCGGGGUUAUCCGGUGAACAGGUGGAUCAUAUAGCGCUAGAUCACUUCCUGUGUGGUCUGAGCGAUCUUAAGCUUCAAGAGAAGCUGCACAAUGACCACACUGUGCUGUCGCUUCAAAAAGCGGAGGAAGUCGUCCAGAGACUUUGGGAAAAGGACCUCACUCUCGCCAUUAUGCGGGCGUCCGCUGGUCAUGACACGACGGUGGCAAUUUCGGCUAAAGAAACGCAACCCAUUGAGGAUGGACAGGCACCAGAUAUUCUGACCAUCCUUGGAGAACUCCGGAGUGAGUUGAAUGAAAUGAAAGUCCAGGUGACCGAGCACUGCAAACCAACCGACAGUAAACGAGGCGUUUGUUACCUGUGUGGCGAUACCGCCCAUUUCAAACGCGAUUGUCCGCGGUUUUCAAACCGACAGAAACGGACAACACGGUCCUUUGCCCCGAGGGCAGCACCGAGCGCGAUUCCGCCCGGUAUUUCCUGCCACGGUUGCGGAAGGCACGGCCACGCGCUUCACGAAUGCUGGAGAACGCCAGUCGCAGCAGGGGGCAUCGCUCCCUCGAGCCCCGCACGCGAUAAUUCUGGCGCUGUUGGGAACACUACAGCAGUGCCUGGUCAAGAAGCAAGCCCCAAACGCGCUUCAGUGAUCAAAAUCGAAGUCGAAGGACGCAGUGUAUGGGCCCUCGUUGAUUCCGGAGCCGAUGCGUCAAUGAUUGGACAAGAAUUCGCCCGAGCGGCUGUACAGAAAGGAGCGUCCCACAAAGGAAAUUUUGGAACAAUAACGCAGGCAAACGGGCAGAAAAUACAGGUCAACACACAAGCAGAAGUGUCGUUCUCGAUACAAACCUCGCAGUUCAUCCAGCCUAUGUUGGUCAUUCCAGGCUUGAUCUACCAGGUCGUUCUCGGCCGAGACUUCUGCUGCCAGCACAAAACAGUGCUAGAUGACAGGGCAGGGGUUUUCAGAGUGGGGAACGUCGAGAUUCCUUUACCAACAUAUUCUGAGUUACGACCGCUACGAGCAAGGGUGGUCACUUGUGCCUCAGUCACCAUCCCCGCUAGGUCUCAGACCCUCGUUCAGGCCGAGGUCGAGAUCCCAGAUGGAGGCGUUAAAAUCACUAAAGAAGCCACUUGGGAGGGUGUUCUAGAACCUCACUCAGUUGAGAGCAGCCAAGAGUGGAGGGUCCCUCGUUUAGUUACAGAAGUGACGAGCGAGGCAACCGUGCCGAUUCAGGUCGCCAACAUCGGGGGCAAAGCAGUAACGAUCCCUCCAGGCACAGAAAUCGGUACACUGUACUCUGUUCAAGAAAAAUGGCAAGAAAAUACGACGUCCCGAGCUCUUCAGCGGCUUCAGCUGAACUCAGUGCAGGGACGCUCGAUGAUCUCUUAAGCGAACUCAAACUCGAGUCUACUGCCCUUUCAGAGAGUGGCAAGACCUCGCUAACACAACUUGUGUCACGAUACCAGGAUAUCUUCAGCACGGGAGAGUCCGACAUUGGAAAAACAAAGCUUCUACAACAUCACAUCGAAACUGGAGGCGCGGCUCCGAUCCGACAAAGGCCACGACGGAUCCCAAUGAAACUAAGAGAAGAGGUGGAAAGACAAAAGGAAAAGAUGUUGAAAGAGGGAAUAAUCGAGGAGAGUUCCAGCCCUUGGUGCUCACCCAUCGUUCUGGCCAAGAAAAAAGACGGCAGUUUCAGAUUCUGCGUCGAUCUUCGAGCAGUGAACUCUGUCACCCAAAGUCUGCCAGUCCCUCUCCCGAGGGUGGAUGACAGCCUCGACAGC